CGCCUCGCCAUGAUUCAAGUUCAACCACCCCGAAAUCCAAACAAACCUUUCACAUCGUUUAGCAUCAAAGACAUCUUAUCCACGCCGUCAUCCAAGGAAGUGUCACGGACGCCUUCUCCCAGGGAGAGAUUGUCACCCCGGGAAAAUAGACUCUCUACCCCAGCUUCCCGACAUAUUGCUACCCGACCCUAUCAUCGUGGUCGGUCACCAUUAGAUGCUUUAAUGGCCAUGACAAAUAAAACAUUUCAAGGUCUCGACACACACGGACAUUCAGAUGCCAAAAGACGAGAGCAGUCUGCACUGUUUGGUAAAAAUCAACCACCGAAAAAACGACGCAAAUCCAGAACAGCUUUUACAAAUCAACAAAUUUAUGAACUCGAAAAGCGUUUUCUUUAUCAGAAAUAUUUAACUCCAGCGGAUCGUGAUGAAAUCGCUCAAAGUCUUGGACUAACAAACGCGCAAGUGAUAACGUGGUUUCAAAACAGACGUGCAAAACUGAAACGUGAUUUAGAAGAAUUGAAAAAUGACGUUACAGCUACAAAAUCUAUUGAUCCAACGUUACCUUUGGCUGUUGAUAUUUCAAAAGUGACAGAAACUCUUAUUAUAGGAAAUCAUAACUCGAGUCGCAGUCAUUCUCCAACAUCCAGUAUUGCUUGCUCGGAAAGAAGCCCGACAAAAGAUAACGGAAAUAUGUCAGAUGACGACGACGAAGAUAUUGAAGUC